GCUGCACCUCUGCAGCGCUCAGCAGCUUGCUGUGGUCGCUACCGUUACUCCGGAUUAUCAGCAAUAAGUCAGUUGUCUUGGAAACCUGUCACCUUGAGGCGGAGCGACGGAAAAAGGCGUCCAGAGGCAGAGUAAAUGUGUGAGAGACGGGUUUCAGCAGAACUAACUUCAGGAGACCGUCGCUGAAAUCACUACAGAGAAGAACACCUGAUCAGAGCUCAGCAGACUUUUGGUGCAAAUCAGAGAGAAGAAGCCCACCGUAAGCCAACAAAUGCUUCAUUAGGACAGAGGAAUGGGGGUUUGCUGAAUGCAAAGUUCACCACAUCCUGUUUGGGUCUUUUUCUGGCAUUUUCAGUUUCAUCUGCGUGAUGAACUCUGUCUGAAAUCCUCCGUGUCUCUGCUUAGGUUUGGAAGUAAAACCCGGCUGAGUGAGCGGUCCUGUCAGGAAGAUGGAGCGUCCUCUUUCUCUUCGCCUCUCUGCAGCAGCAGGAAACAUGCAGGGUUUCAGCCGCCGUGGGAAGAUGUUGCUGCAUGUCUGCUUCAUGGUCUCAGCUUGCUGUGGUGGUUUUCCUGCUGCCGUGGCCGAGUUCUCCCUGCGGCAGCCUGCGGUGGUCUCCGGCCCGCUGGGCCGCAGCGUCCUGCUGCCCUGCCAGCUGCAGGACUCCCAGCGUGAGAAGCUCCUCAACCGGCCCGUCCUGUACUGGGAGGUCGAUGGGAAACAGCUCCCGUUUAACGAGAACAAAACCUCCGCCAGUCCCAACAAAUCUAUUGAGCUGUCGGAGGUGCGGUGGUCCGACGGCGGGACGUACGAGUGCAAACUGUCCAUCAGGACCGACAAGAGAGGAAGCUUCAGGCUGAAGGGAAACAAAACCACGCUGAUCGUCCACGAUGCCAUGACCUUUGACCUCUGCAGCCACCAUGACUCCCUGCUGCGCUGUGAGGUCACCGUGUCGCACGAUCCGGGUUUGACUCUGACACUGAGCAGAAACGACUGCGUCGUGCAGAGCUCCGCCCCCUCAGAGCGCCGCGCCGCCAACGGCACCGUCACUCUGGCUGCAACCGUCCCGCUGACCGGCAACGGGCAAUACGGCUGUCAACUGAAGCUGCACGACGUCCUGAUAACCAGCAGCAACUUCCACAGCCAGCAGGCGGAUGAGCGGCGCUGGUACCCGGAGCCGUGGCUCCUCUACGCGGGCCUCCUGCUGGUGCCGGCCCUGGUCCUGCUGGCCAUGGCGGCGGCCAUGUUGAUGUGCAGAUGAGCUCUCCGGUCCUCCAGGUCUCCCGGAUCUACUGGACCCGCACGCAGCUCUUCAGGUGGGAUUCACAUCCCCUCGUUUCCAUGACAACCAGCAGGACAUGUGGGAGGUUUCUGAGUCUGGACCGGAGGAUCAGAACCGGUUUGAUGUGAAUCCCAGCCCGCUCGUCUCGGUUCCUCUUCCUCUGAACUCACGUUUAGUUUCUGUGAAACUGUUAAGUUAAAGUUGUCAUUAAAAACUUUAAGAAAUAAAACUUUUCUCUCUUCAUUUCAAACAUUCUGGUUGGUUUUAUGGUUAUUAUGUUCAUUUUUUAUUGAAUGAAUUUUUUGUUUUAAGCAAAAAACAUUUUUAUAUUUUUAAUUUUUGUGUAUUUGUUAUUUUUGUUUGUUGAAUCUCUUUGUGAUUUUUAAAAAAAUGUUCUGCAUAGUCAAAGUUUUAGCUACUGGACCUUCAGUCCGGGUGUCAUGGAUGUCUGCUUGUUUUCCAGCCCCACAGCAUGAUACUGCCACCUCCAAUAACCAGUUUCAUUCUUUCAUUAAUUUUUCCUGUUAUUGUGGUGAAACAGCUCCAUUUCUGCCUCGUCUGACCUUUGAACUCUCCAGAAGGUUUUCUGUUGGUCCAGUGUUUUCUCUCUGGACAUUUAGUCCAAUUUUACCUGAGACGUAUUGACCAAAGUAAAAUACCAGAGGAAAACAUGGAGAAAGCUGCUCAGCUGUUAGCUGAAGGGUCUGAUGUCACUGAGAAGGUUAUAAAAAACAAAUAAACUGUUUAUACACAA